GCAGGACGCAGCGGACUGUCCCGGCUGGUUCUCUGCAUCCUGGAGGUGGAAAGAAGCUUCUCCCGCUGCCUGGAGAUCAGAACCAGACAGUUCUGACAGAACCGAACAACUUUUGGAUAAAACCAACCAGGGAGACCCUCCCCAGCCCAUGUCCUGCCCCCGAGCUCAGAGCCGCGUAUCUGAACCGACCUGCGCUUCAUUUGAGCGGAUGAAACGUUGAAGCCGAAGCUGCUUCACGCCGAGACCCAGUUCGGAUACAGCAGCCAUGCUGAAGCCGGGAGACCCCAGCGGCUCGGCCUUCCUGAAGGUGGACCCUUCCUACCUGCAGCACUGGCAGCAGCUCUUCCCUCAGGCUCAGCUCAAGGCUCCUCUGCCCCCCCCACCUCCGCCCGCUGACCGCCUCUCCAUCGUCGUGGACACCCUGCGCCCGUCCCGCCUGCACACCCACCUCCUGGCCUCCACGCACUGCACCCCCUCAUCCUCUUCCUCCUCCACAUCUUCCUCAGCGGCUCCUUCUUCUUCUUCUGCAGCGGCUGCUUCUCUGACUCCAUCCUCCUCCAUCUCCACCUCUGCGGGUUUCUCUCAGCUGCCCGUCCAGCAGCAGAUCGCCCUCUUUGGGCAGGCGCUGGCUCCGGUGUGCUCCGGGCCUGCAGUGGCACCAGGAGGAGGAGGAGGACCGGGAGGAGCAGCGGACCUGGUGGUGGUGCUCCCCCCGGACAACCAGCAGGGUCACAACCCGGCGCCGGAGCUCCUCCAUCAGGCUAAGGAGCAGAGCUGUGGGGGGGUCGGGGUGGUUUCAUCCAGCGUGAAGAGCAGCGGGGAGGAGAGCGGGAGGCUGAAGCUGACAUCCGAGGAGCUGGACUACUACCUGUACGGCCAGCAGAGGAUGGAGAUCAUCCCGCUGAGCAACCAUGCAGGGGAGCUCAGCAACCGUUGUGACAUGUGUGCGGAUAACAGGAACGGAGAGUGUCCCAUGCACGGCCCGCUUCACUCUCUGCGCCGUUUGGUUGGAACCAGCAGCACGGCGGCGCCUGUUCCUCUACCGGACGUCCCUGAUUGGCUGAGGGAUCUGCCCAGAGAGGUGUGCCUCUGCACCAGCACGGUUCCUGGUCUGGGUUAUGGGAUCUGCGCCGCCCAGAGGAUCCCUCAGGGGACGUGGAUCGGCCCGUUCCAGGGCGUUCCCCUCAUGGUGGAGAAGCUGCAGUCCGGCGCCGUGAGGAACACCAGGCAUCUGUGGGAGAUCUACGAUGCCGAGGGAACGUUGCAGCACUUUAUUGAUGGGAACGAUCCCAGUAAAUCCAGUUGGAUGAGGUAUAUCCGCUGUGCAAGACACUGUGGGGAGCAGAACAUGAUGGUGGUUCAGUACAGGUCCUGUAUCUUCUACAGAGCCUGCAUGGAUAUCCCCAGAGGGACGGAGCUGCUGGUCUGGUACAACGACUCCUACACGUCCUUCUUUGGUAUCCCGCUACAGUGCAUCGCUCAGGAUGAAAACCUGAACGUUCCAGCUACGGUGAUGGAGGCCAUGACCAGGCAGGAGUCCCUCCAGUCCUUCAGCAAAAACAGCAAACCUUCCUUGUCUUCCUCCUCCAGCCCGCCGGCCACCCUGCUGCGGUCCAUGGUCUUCCCCCACUCCCCCUGCUCCCGGAGCUUCUCCCUGCUGGAUAAGGUCGGGGUCGGAGUUCAGUCCGACUCCACCUUCGGCCCGCUGGGGUCGAAGAACCAGCGAGUCCUGGCCAGCCCGACCUCCACCAGCCAGCUGAGCAGCGAGUUCAGCGACUGGCAUCUGUGGAAGUGUGGCCAGUGUUUCAAAACCUUCACCCAGAGGAUCCUGCUGCAGAUGCACGUCUGUCCACAGAAUCCUGACCGACCGUACCAGUGCGGCCAUUGCUCCCAGUCCUUCUCUCAGCCCUCGGAGCUGAGGAACCACGUGGUGACGCACUCCAGCGACCGACCGUUCAAGUGCGGCUACUGCGGCCGCGCCUUCGCCGGCGCCACCACCCUCAACAACCACAUCCGCACGCACACCGGAGAGAAGCCGUUCAAGUAAGUAACAGUGCGAACGCUGCGACCGCAGCUUCACGCAGGCCACUCAGCUCAGCCGCCAUCAGCGGCUCCCCAACGAGUGCAAACCGGUGAACGAAAGCAGCGAGUCCAUCGAGGUGGAUUAACCUCUGACCCCCUCACUGACUGAGCCCACAUGUCCGUCCGUCCAUCCGUCCGUCCACACAGAGCCAACAUCUCCUCUCCUCAGAGUCUCUCUGGGAUUUUAAAGGCUUUCCUUCCCUGAAUGAUCAUCCUGGUUCCUUUACGUGUUUAUUAAACCCAUCAGAGGAACUAAGAACCGAUGAAAGGAAUAUUUACGUCCAUUUCCGAGCCUUUGGCUCCUCCUCUGCUCACCUGGCCUGACGGCUGCUGAACCCUGAUUCAACCAAACCAAAGAAGCUUUCCUCCCAGCAGAGGCAGGAGAGUCGGACCUUCGCCGCUUUCUUGACCCAGAUAUUUAUUGGAGACUUUCUACCAAAGAAAACUUUCCUAAAAAAAAAAAA